AUGGCUGAGGAGGCAUGGGGCUGGGUCACUGGAGCCAUAAAGUGGCAGGUGAACAAAGCCGAACAGGGUUUUUCCAGCCGCACCCUGCGAAACGAGAUUUUUAAAGACACUAAACCGUUCCCCAGGCCCCAAUUGCUGCGGCAGCGGGACCGAAGCCAUCGCAACGCGUUACACUACUGUGCCGCGCAGGACGCGGACCAGAGCAAGGACCUCGUGGCGGCCGCCAGCAUUGCGAUCGCAGCCCCCGAGCUGCUGGAGUCGGCGGAUGAGGAUGGCUUCACCCCGCUCCAUUUGGCCGUCAUCCAGGGCAACCUGGCCAUGGUCAACCUGCUGCUGGCCAACAAGGCGGAUGUGAAUGCGGUGGACAAUGAGGGCCAUUCGGUGGUGCACUGGGCCACGGUAUGCGGUGAGGUGGAGUCCUUGCGAGCUGUCCUGGCCGCAGGAGCUAGUGUGGCCAAGCCGGACGCCAAUGGCGGUACUCCGUUGCACUAUGCUGCUCAGAUGUGCGGGGCCAGCCAUGAUAGCAAGCAGCAGGCGAGUUCUAGCAACAGUUCGAGGCUCUCAUUGGAGAUCCUGGGCAUCCUCUUGUCCCAUCCCCAGAGCAGUGUUGAUGUGCAGGACAAGGAUGGCCGUCAGCCGCUUCUAUGGGCAGCUUCAGCGGGUUCGGCCAAGGCAGUGAUAGCCCUGGUUAAGGCUGGUGCCAGGGUGGAGUCUUCCGAUAAAGAUGGCCUCACUGCCUUGCAUUGUGCUGGUUCCAGGGGACACACAGAAUGCAUUGACACCCUGAUUGGUCUUUGCGGUGCUCCCACGGAUCUUAUCGACUCCAAUGGCUGCACCGCUCUACAUUACGCCGUUACCUUGGGUCAUGCAGAUGCCACAGCUAGAUUGUUGGAUUUGGAGGCAGAUCCAAAUCGUCAGGAUCGCAAAGGACGCACGCCAGCUCACUGCGGAUGUUCCAAGGGCCAAUUUGAGACCUUAAAGUUGCUAAAGGAACGCGGUGCCAAUCUGUGGCUACGCAACGCCAAGGGUGAUCUGCCUCUCCACGAGGCCGCAGCUUCUGGGAGAAGAGAGCUCUUGGAGUGGCUCCUCAAUCAAAGGCCCAAACAGGUGAACACCACUAGUAAUGAUGGACGCAGCCUGUUGCAUAUUGCGGCGGCCAAUGAUUAUACCGAUAUGUGUAAGUUGCUGCUGGAUUACGGAGCAGAUGUGAAUGCCGUGUAUCGGAAUUCAAGAGGAUUGGUUUUAACCCCUCUGGAUGGGGCUUUGCAGCGUGGUCACCGCUCUACGGCCAAGUUUCUACAGGCAAACGGCGGUCAGCCGGCCAACAAGGUGAAAUUGUCAAGCAGGCGGGCUGGAAACCCCUUCCAUGAAACCAAUGCCACGGAUAUGGUGAGACCUUUGAAGUAUGUGGAGAAGGAGGAACUGCAUGACCUACGCAGCUCAAAAAAAUAUGUAGUGUACCUUAAACGUUCCGAUUCUGAUAACGGGAAUGGAAACGAGAAUGGGAAGGACGAUCCUGAUGGGGACUGCAGCUGCUCGGAGCAGACUUAUAGAAAGGAGCAGCGGAUGAGACACGUUUGCCGGCGACACAAGAGAAGGCAACUUAGGAGGCGAACCAGCAGUUGUGGUGAGUCCAAACACGAACGAUGCAGCGAAAUCUGCCGCUCCAAGAGUAAUAUUGAAAUCAGAAGGCGGAAAUCCCGCGAGCGGUACGCCAGUUCCAGUGAGUGGGAGGAGGAGGAGGACGAUGAGGACUCCUGCGAGAACUGUUGUUAUCACAAAAGACAAAAGGAUCGUGUGGUUUCCCGGAAGCGGUCCACGUCAUCAAGGAAGUCAAAAAACCGAGAAGAGAGCGAGCAGGAGGAGGGAAAUCAUACGGCGCAGUCCUCGCCGGAAAAGAGUUCCAGGAAGCCAUUAACUGUGAAUGGGGAACAUCCGACGAAUAACUCCAAGGAUCAGAUAGUUUCGAAGGAACGGCCUCCUUCCGCUUCCAGGCACCAAACGCCCACAAAAGAGGGCACCUUCAUCAAGUCACCAACCCAAAGCGCCAAGAGUGAAAAAACCGGCCAAAUGGACAAUCUUCUAGUGGAGGAAUCUCAUGCAGUGGAGCUAACAGAUGAGGAACAGGAGGCAGCCAAGUCAGUGGUGACAAAGGUUGAUGUCCAUCAUGAUGCUGAGGAAAACCAGAAUUCAAAAUCAUCUGAGGAAUUACCACUUACAGAGGAAAAUGAAAAGGAAAAGGAGCAUGAGAAGGAACGGGAACGGGAAGCCAAGUUGCAGCUAAGCGAAGAGGAAACCCAGUUGGUAUCCAAGGAAGUAGAACAGGUGAUCAAAAUAGCAGCCACUGCAUUAAGUAGCGAGUCCAAAAGUUCCAGUGAGGAAAAGCCGGUGGAAAAAGAGAUGCCCGAAAAGAGUGAAGAAGCUGUGAAAAAACCUGAAGAGGAUGUUAAGGAAUCCCCAAAACCUGAAACCCCCUUCGCGCCACUUCCUGAGCCAGCGGUGCCACCAGCACCACCUAAAGAGGAGACCGCUAAGCCACCGAGCACCGCAGAAAAACCACAGCAAAAUGCCAACACGGUCGAAGGGGUUGAGUCUGCGGCUUCAGAGCCAGAAUCUGUUGGCAAAAAAGUUGAGCCGAUGGAGCAGGCUGAAGCCAAGCCGAAACCCAAUACCAAUUCUUUGCCCACUCCACCGCCCACCGCUCCUCCUCCUGCUGAGCCCAAAAAACCGCCAACCACACCACAGCCACGCCCAUCAACGGCCCAAACGCCCACUCCCCAACAGGAGCCACCGCAAAGGGAACAGGAGACAAGGCGUUCGUUCACACUUCUGGCCUCCGACUCGGCGGACGAUGACCCAGUUCCGAAUCCAAAUUCAAAUCCUCCAGCUUCAGCUUCCGAUGAGCCUGCUACUGAGCGGAAAUCGAGCUUCCAAGUGCUGAAAAGCGACGACUCCCUGGAUGAAAACUCAAAAAGACCUGGACGUAAGGUUGACUACGAGCCGGGUAAUCAAGUCUUUCAGGUGGUGAAUGAAGGAGGUUCUGCGGUCCAGCUGCCAAGUGCCUCGGAGCUGGAGAAGAUGGAGUAUGAAUAUGAAGAGUACGAUGACGACUACGAAGAUGAUGACAGGAAUGGUAUUGAUCCGGAGCAUGAUAGUGCCUUACGUCGAUUUCUCAGCAGUGGAAAUCGACAUGGAGUAGGCAGUUCAGGACCUGGAGCAAAUGGAUUGGGAGCAGGAGGAGGAGCUGGAGGAUCCAUUGCAGAUGACACUUCUGAGGGCAUGGGCAAUGGCAGAAAGCGUCGUCUCAAAAAACGCGUUCGCAGUGGCAACAAAACCCGUAGCAAUUGGAAAAACUCUCAGGAUUCACGUGAUGGCGGCAACAUGGCUGCCUUGGCCACCAGCAAGGAUCAGGACUCGGGCUUCGAGCCCAGUCCUCGGGCAGAGCGUAGCAAGAUACCUACACUUCGGUCCGCCCAUACAGCCCAUAUGCCACGACGACCCAUCUACGCUACUUUGGAUGGACGCUCUUGUAGCAGUCGGAUGGAAAACCGCAAGCCCGGCGAUAAAGGAGCUUGUGACAUGGGCGCGGUCACUCGGUCGAUACAGCGCAAUAUCCGGAGAUAUUACAUGGAGCGCAAGAUCUUCCAGCAUCUUCUGGAGCUCAAGUCACUGCAGAUUCGCUCCAGUAAAUUAAACGAGGCAGUGCUGGUAAAGCGCGCGGUGGAAGACUAUCACAAGUCCUGUGUCCUUUUGGGCGGCGAAACGGGUACACGACUUCGGCGUUACAACUUCAGCGAGUACACGUUCAAGAACUUCGAACUCUUCCUCUACGAAACGCUUAAGGGACUCCAGCGUCCGGGCACCAACAACUUUCAGAACAUCAACGAGGUGUACGAGGAGGCUGAGCGGCGUCUGAGUCCGGAUUACAAUGCCUACGAAAAGGCGCUGCAGUGCACCACCAAGACGCACCGCUGCCUUCAUGCGGCCCAUGCCUACACGGGAAUACCCUGCGCUGCCUACAUUCCCAUGAUGAAUCAUCACACGAUGCCAAAGUUCGGCUUUGGACCGUAUAAAAAGACCGGCAGUGUCAGCAGCUUCUUCCUGCCCAAAAUCCUGACCAGCGGUCGCGCCUCCAGCGGAAGAGCUGGCGGCCUGGGUAGCGGUACGGCUGGCAGUGCGACCGGCAGCCGUUGCAACCACAAAGUGGCACUGGAAUUGUCACAUGGAAAGAACAAACAGCUAAUUUCACUGCCAGCGGAAAAGUUGGACAGCAAUAAACGAUAUUACGUGACGUUCACUGUUAAGGACUCGUCGGGGCCAUCGGCGUACCAGCAGCAGUGCGGCAAUUCCGCGGGCGGCAAGUAGUGCUCCUGUAUUCUACAUAUGCGUAUACGUAAUGUGGCGUACGGUGCGUAUACGCCAUGGAUGGCCAUUGCCAUCAGGCAUCGUCGCGGGAUCCUGCGCCCGCAUCCUCAGGCUCCUUUAUAUGCUGUUUUUGUUGUUGCUGCUAUUUGUGCUUCUGCUGCUGCUGGUGCUCCAAAUGCAUUAAAACAAUGCCAUCGCAACAUUUUGUGUCGCUGCUCCUGCUGCUCUGUUGUUGUUGCUGCAAUUGUUGUGGCCACCCGUUGUCCGCGCUGCCUUUUUUCCAUUCGUUUCCUGUCCUGGCGCUGGUGUAAUACCACGGAAAAUGUGGGUUUUUGUAGGGUGUAUCACGGACGUAUACACUUAACCUAUUAGGUUGGCAAAAUUAAAUUUAUUAACCCAGGCAAAAUGCAUGCUCUUUGGCUUCUUAAUUUUUGAACAG